AUGCAACAGGUUCCGAGAGCUGAGCUUGCUCGACUUUCUCCCUUUUUUUGCUCGAGAAACAGUGUUCUCCACCUUUCAGAAAGCGGGACACUGGAGAGCCAUGCAUGCACCGACACAGACGGAGGAGUUAUGCUCCUGCAAAACAUCUCCUCCCGCUCUAUGCGAGCACAUCCCAAUCACUUUGGAAAACGCGCUUUCCACUGCUGGCAGCAAGGCAAUCCGAAACUUGAGGCAGCAGAUUCCAGUUCUCGCGCUUGUUCUCGUCACGCAAAAAACGAAUGCUGCGGGGCUCCAGGACCUGCCGGGACCGUGGACAGUGCUGUAGCGACUGUGUUUCUUCCGGAGGUCUCGAGCGAGCUGUUGAACGGCAGUGGAAACGCACCAGACGCUUCUAAAGCAGCUCCAGUCGCUAAAGCUAUGCCUGCAACGUACUGGAGUAGAGAGGCACUGGAACUGAAAAAGCUGAACUUCUCAGGACUUGCGAUGUAUACGAAAAAAAACAAUCUCUACAGUCACACGCACAUGCAGAGCAAUGAAGGAAUAUCCGUAGAUACAGGUGUUUACGUAGGUUUUUUCCGGCCAUUCUGUGCAAAGUCGUCGAUCUGAAAACCACUGAGACAUGCCUGCGAGAGAACAAGCGCCGCCUGCCGCAGCUUCGCACAACAUGGAAAGCAUGUGGACUUCGAUGUCGAGUCUGCCCCGGCCAGGGUGUAGAUCCUUGGUCAGAACUCCCGCGACACAAAACUCAAAGCGCUUCGAUCUGUCGAAAAUACCAGCAAA